CAGCGAGUGGUCGCGUCUCCGUCGUCUGUACGGGUCCGCGCCGGAGCUGUGGGAACGGCACCGGCACCGCUACGAGGUCAACCCGGAGCUUGUCUCCAUGCUAGAGAGUGCCGGCUUGACCUUUGUCGGCAAGGACGACGCCGGCCAGCGGAUGGAGAUCGUCGAGCUGCGCGACCAUCCGUGGUAUGUCGGCGUGCAGUUCCACCCGGAGUACCUCAGCCGCGUGCUCGCGCCCAGUAAGACCUUCCUGGGGUUCUUUGCUGCCGCGGCGGGCUGUCUGGACGAUGUGACGGCCAGGUUUCGGGAUCGCCGUGAUCUCAGCGUAGUCCGUAGAAGUAAAAGUAGUAGUAAGUAGGAGUGAUGAGUUGUAACUAUAUAGGACACUGUCUAGACUCUAUAGCAGAGUCAUUUGAUGACUAACUGGCUUCCUUCCUCGCCACUGACGACAACCCAGACAACGACAACGACAACGACGGCGAGCGACAGCGAGCGACAGCGAGUGCGACUGCAGGAGGCAGGCAUGGAGGACGAACGAAGCAGCGACGGCUGGCGGAUCUCCAAGGCGUGCCAGGAAUGCCGCCGGCGCAAGAUCAAGUGCAACGGGCACACGCCGUGCAAGACGUGCCAGCUGCGCAAGACGCCGUGUCUGUACCGCGACAUCACCCGCCAGCGGCGCAAGAAGACUCGCGAUGCUGCGUCCGUCGCUGCGCUGUCGGCCUCGUGGGCUGCGUCCGACAGGGCAGAAGCCUCGCAGGCGUCUCCGGGAGGGACAGGUCCAGAAGACCCCUCGUCUCCUGGUGGUCCCUCGCAGGGUCGCAACGACAACAACAACAACAACACCACCAGCAGCAGUAAAAAUAAUCAUCAUCAUCUUCAUCUUCAUAAUAAUGGGACUACCGGUGGUUCUUCGUUGAAUCCCUUCCACAGCAGUGUCUCGGCGACGCACAUGGCCACCCCGUCGUGCGAGGUGCAGCUCUACUACGGGCCGACGUCACACUUUUCUCUCAUGCAGCACAUCUAUCGCGACCUGAUCACCCCGCCGCACGUGGAGCACCAUGAGCCACACGGCGGCGUGGACGAGGCCAGCGCGGGCAUCGAUCUGUUCAGCUUCCGCCGCAUCUUCUUCGGCGGCACGGCCGGCGAGACGCGCGACGUCGCCGCCGCCGCGGGCGCGGGGGCCGCUUCGGCAGGCGCAGCGAGCAUGUUCAUGCCCUAUCCCCUUGCGCAGGAGUUCCUUCGCCGGUACCUGUCUACCUUGUACCACCUCACGCCCUUUAAACCCCGCGCGGCGUUUGAGUACGAGCUCGAACAGCUCUAUUAUCCGUCGUGGAACACGCCGGCGAACCCGCUGGGGCAGUCGAUCCUGUUGCUCGCUCUGGCGUUGGGAUCCCAGGGUACAGAGCAGUAUCACUGGGGGGAACUGCUGUUCGACCGGGCCAAGGCGUUGACGGCGCCGCUAGACGACGUGGUGAACUUGCAGGCAGUGCAGGUCUCAUUACUGAUGGCCCACUACCAGACUGAGAUGGGGAGACCGAAUUCCUCCUUCUUGCAUCUGGGUACCGCGGUGCGCAAGGCUUUUUCCGCUGGCUUACACAAGGAAGCGGCGGCCAACAACCAUCAAGAAGGGAUGAGGAAGAUCAUCGAAGAACGCCGAGUCACGCUCUGGGGGCUCUAUUUCUAUGAGACCUGGUGCUGCUUCUAUCUAGGACGACCGAGUUCGCUAUCUCUAAAAGACAUUGAUAUCGCAUAUCCCGAAGAUCCCUUCCUGCUGGCGCUUAUCCGGCUCACCAAGGCGACCGCGCGAUCGGCCGAGGAGAUGUACGGCGAACGACACGAAUCCCUGCUCCAGAUGUGGAGGGUCGCCCGGUCGAUCUCGAAUGACCUCAAAAGCUUCGAGCCGGACAUGCAGCGAGCACUCGGCUUUGGACUCGACAAGCCGGCGCAGCAGGGCGACCUCGGCGCCCGGCAGACCAUUCUCCUCACCCUAUACUAUCACAUCAUCCUUCUGACUUACCGACCAUUCUUGAUCUUCCGGGGCCGACUGCAAAGGGGAAACCGAUCAUCCUCGUCCGCGGCGGCCAAUCGUCCGAUAGAGAUCCCCACCUGGCUGAACGAAGCCUGCAAUAAUGCGCUGUACUCGGCCCGACGAACGAUCCAUCACCUCUGCGAGGCGGCUACCAUUAACGAUCUAGCGAGGGAAAUCCGAUACCAUGGCUUUUUCCUGGGCAGCUCCUGUUUGUGUCUGCUGUACGACAUGUUGAACGUUGAGGGCGCAGCCUGCACCCACCUGCCCUGGAUCCAUGCGGGGAUGAACUGCCUGGCGUCGAUGCGAGCGGGCGAGCCGGUGAUCAGCACGGUGGCGCCCCUGCAGGCGAUCCUCAAGAGCCUGAACCCGGCGUACGAGUGGAUCGCGCCGGCGUCCUCCUCUUCCGCCUCCUCCUACCAGCAUGCCGCCGCCGCCGGCAGCGGCAGCAAUGCCACGACGGCGAGCCUCUCGGCGACGACGUCCGGGUCUGGCUCUGGCUACGCUUCGAUGAUGAACUAUCUGCCCGGGUUGCGGAUGGCCGGGGUCGGAGCCCUCGACGCCGAGGCGCUGCAGGAGGAGCUGCAGUUCCAGCCGAGUACGGUCAAGAGCAGCGACGACCUGCCCGACUUUACGCAGUCGGAGAUGGGCUUCGACUUUGACUUUUCCACAAUGGACCUGGAGGCUUUUCUGUCGCUUCCGGGGAUGGACGUACCCGUACCUAGUACCUACUAACAGUACGGAGUAUCUAGUUCUACUAAUACUAUACCCUGUACACUACCAGGUGUACUUUUUUGCAUCAGAUCCAAUCUUGCUUACCGCGCAGAGCCUAGUAACUAUAUAGUGAUAGUAUUAUCUACAAUUUUAUCUGUCUCGUAGACAUCAGGCA